AUGAGGGCUAGCCAAGGUUGUCGGACUUGCAAACGCCGCAAGAUCGGCUGUGACAAGCAGUUCCCGGAGUGCUGGAAUUGUCUUCGCACAGGUAGACAAUGCAUGGGAUACGGAAUUCAGCUCAGGUGGGAGGACCAGUACGAUGGAAGACGGAAGGAUAGCCGUCUUAAAGUGCCCACAGAUGCAGUCUAUCUUUCACCUGAAUUCAGACAGCUCUACGGGCAACAAUUUCUAAAUGUUACUGCCAAGGACUUGAAACAAUCAUUCCGGUCAAUGGCUUGGCCUCAGUUGGUUUCUAAGAGAGACUACAUAACCGCAACAUGUCCGAAUCCCCGGAGUCUGUCACCAUGGCCUGAUAUUGCUCACGAAGGCUCGAAUUUACUGGAAUACUGUAAGAAAUUAUCCUUCCCUGUCUGCAAAAAGUAA